AGUCACGCGUCCGCCCGUGUGCCAGCUCCCGUGCCAGCCCCGGUGGCACCUGAGCGUGAUUAAAUGAAGCGCUCCCUGACCUUUAAUGCUCUCUGCCCCGAGAGAAACAGCUGCUGCCUAUAGAAAUAUAGAAAAACACGCCUAUAUUUGCAGACAUGUCUUCUAAUGGCGGCGGAUGCAUACAGUUUGAUCAGCCUCUGCGAUGUAAAACAGAUUAACUCUAGGCUAUUGUUAGUGCGGAGAAUGAGUGCGUGUCAAUAGCUGGAUUAUUUGGGGCCAGGUCAGUGCCGGGGAGUAAGUACAUCCUGUGACAGUGGCCUGGUAGUGUCUACUUUCACUCCCCCCCCUCUCCCUCCCCCGUGAUAAUCUGCGUAACCUUGCAUUUCGUGCAGAAACGCUCCUGCUGAAUCACGUGCGGGAUACUGAGGCUAGACCCGCAGCCAUCAUCUGUCCGGGCCAUGUGAUGGGUUGUUGGCAGUGGCAGCGGCUCUGCCAAGCUAGUCGGCUUUUAUUCUCUGCGUCCCUUUGUGCAAGAAUGUGUAGAGAGAUCUCUGAGCGGUUCUUCAGGGAGAUUUCAGCGCCAUAUUGAGGAGGACAGAGAUAUAAAAGACAGAAUAAGAUGUACAAGACAGAUCAGGCAUGCUAGUGCAGAAAGAUGCCACCAGAUACUUCAGCACCAUGUAACUGUGGACAGCGACUUAUGAGACCUGGGACAGUUUCAGCACCACAAGGCAGUGGACAGAGACACAACAGCAGCACCAUAGUGCAACAACUCAGCUCCUAACAUUAUCAAAUCCUUAUAUUGACCAUUAUAAGAGAAACAGCCGCCACUGUAAACAAGAAAAAAAGACCCAGUCUAAUUCAGUAACAUACAAUGAGCAUAAAAACAGCAAAAGUGGCCUUCGUAAGGAAGGAGCAGGAGUUGGACUCUAAAGAUGCCAUCAUCCUACAUCAGUUCUCCAGGCCAAAGAACGGUGUCCCCAGCCUCUCACCCUUCUGCCUCAAAAUAGAGACAUACCUGCGCAUGGUGGAUCUGCCCUACCAGAACUACUUUGAUGGGAAGCUGUCGCCGCAGGGCAAGAUGCCCUGGCUCGAGUACAACCACGAGCAGGCUUCAGGGUCAGAGUUCAUUGUGGACUUCCUGGAGGAGAAGCUGGGUGUCAACCUCAACAAGAACCUCACCCCACAGGAGAGAGCCGUGUCCAGAGCUGUCACCAAAAUGGUGGAGGAACACCUCUAUUGGACGAUAGCCUACUGUCAGUGGGUGGACAACCUGGAGGAAACUCAGAAGCUUCUGGCGAUGAGCGGCCCUCUGAGCGACACGCUGAAGUGGCUGCUGAGCCACCUGAACGGCAGCAUGGUGCGCAGGGAGAUGUACGGCCACGGCAUCGGACGCUUCUCGAAGGAGGAGGUCUAUGCCCUGAUGGAGAAGGACAUGAGGACACUGGCCACCCUGCUGGGAGAUAAGAAGUACUUCAUGGGUUCUAAGAUGUCAACAUUAGACGCCACAGUGUUUGGGCAUCUGGCCCAGGCCAUGUGGACUCUGCCUGGGACACGACCAGAGCAACUCAUUAAAGGAGAGCUGAUCAACCUAGCCAUGUUCUGCGAGCGGAUGCGGAGGAGGUUCUGGCCUGAGUGGUUUGUAGAGGUGGAGGAUGUUUAUUACGACGGAGACAGUGAGAGCAGCGGCAGCAGCGGCUCCCCUACAGGCCUGGACUUUGGCCUCUUCUCCAGGACUGACACUCUGGAAGACAGCGACGGCAGCAUCCACUCGGCCGGACACACACACACACACACACCCGACUCCGACCCCUCGCUCUUUGACUCGGAUGUGGGCACAGGGUCUGACAAUGACAUUCAGCUCAAGGAGGAGUUAAUGCCAGACCUGGAGGUUUGACCUGAGAUUGGUUGACAGAUUGAGACUGACGGGAGGUUGGAACAGCUGCUGUGUGUGGAACAGCCUGUCCAGACAACAGCUCUUACAGCUGAAGAAAGUAAUCCAGCUCCUCCACCUCCUAUACCCCAAACAUUAUAACUUCCUAAUGGACAGAGUGGGUAUUUAUAUGCAGAGCAUUAAAACUGAAUCCCAUAAUUCACAUGCUACUGUACGGUUUGUCCCCUCCCGAAACGUCAGAACUGUCCCUGCGGCAGUUUCUCUUUGCCUUAUUUGUCUCAUCCUACGAUACAGAAGACAGUGUGAGGGGUUAGCAGAGAGGAAACAUCUCAUGAAGGUGCAGAGACGACAGAAAAGCGUUGAAGACAAGACAGGUGGCACUUCACUUGCUAUGAAACGAUGCAACUAAUCACCACACUGCCACAUGUCUUACCGCAAAAACCCGUUCAAACAGGUGGAGAUCGAUCAUGUGGCUAAAAGGAACAGCUGCUAUGUCUCAGCUGUUAACCAUCCAUGUGCUGAAGAGGAAACACAGCUGACUUUGAGUGCCAGUUCAUGCCCUAGAUUGAUCCCCAUGUCAUUUCCUUUAUGCUACUGUAUGUGGGAAUCUGUAUCAGAAAAUUAUGUCUCCAUCAGACCACAACCUCAGUGAUAUUAUCACCUGUAGGCCUGUGGAAUAAGAAGUCAGGUGGAAGGAUGAGCAGAUUUGUGCCUGUUUCAUUUACUAGUUAUCUUCCUUAUUUCUCUCCAUUAAGUAGAUAUUUGCUUAAUUUUCUUAUCUGGGAAGUUGGAGCAUUUGGUCAUUAAUGUCCUCUCAGUAUCUGUGAGGCUGCAGCUCUUAUAUUUGACCACUAGAUGGAGUUAGCAGACAGCCUCCUUCAUUCUGUAACAUCAAGGUCAUUCCACCCUGAGGAGCUGCAGUCGCUUUAACACAGCAGAUCAUUUCUCCUUCAGCCCUAAACUUCAAUAUUCUGGUUCCCAUUCAUACAUGACAUGUCUUGUGCACAAUUAGGAACAAAAAAGUGUUUAGUGUGUGUGAUGUGUGUCUGCAUACUUGCAUAGUGCGACAGAGCUCUGCUACAGAUCAGCCUUAGUGCUUAGACUAAAGAAAAGGGUAAAUGUGAACACAGUUUGCUUUUAUCCUGCAACAGUUUUAGUUUUUAACAUAAUUUAAUAUCAGUGCCACUUUAUUUUUCUUUCUAUAUGAUCGUAUGUGUCAAAUAUAUAUAUUUUGUUAGUCUUUCUUUUCUUAUUGCUCUCAAAGAGAGACAUUAUUUUGCACUAGUGGAAAUUAAUUUUCACCUUAUUUCAGUGUGAGCAGUCUGCUGUGGAGGUAUAUAGGUGGGGAACAGGCCAAACUAAUGGGAAAUGUGUAGUGCAGGACGCUGAGUGUUCUGAUAAUGAUUGUGCUGUGAGGGGACUGUGCUGCUUAUGUUGGCUGUGUGUAUGUGAAUGUUACUGGGUGUGAAUGUCAUCAACGAAGCAGUUGAUGAAAAAGUCUUUGUAGAGACGGUCAGAAUACCAAAUCAAACAGGAGUGAACAUCACCAGUUUAAAAAAAGUGGACCAAAAUGUCAGAGGAAAUGUUCACAUUUGUUUGUCACGUUAAGCUUGGUGGAAGUGCUCGUAAUAUGAUGGAUGUAAAAAGAUUGUGGUGCAUAUAGAAUAGAUGUAAUGUAAGUUAAAGGGUCAGUUUACUCAAGUUGCACAAACAUAUUUUCUCUCUUAUCUCUUGUGAUGUUGAGCCAUAGUUUUACUUUUAUUUGCCCAGGCUUUGAUAUGUCUGUCUCUGAAAUUUGGAAUCUGGAAUUUAGUUUGUGGUGCUCACAACACUGAAAUGUUCAACAUCAGUUUCCACUUCCUGUUACUCUAGACAGAACGCACUGUCAUCAGUUUUACUAUGGACUAUUUCUUUGGUAGACAGUGUAUCCAAUGUUCAUAAUAGGUAUGUCACUUUUUCAAAAAAAAUCAAGUUUGAAUGAAUGAUAACUAACAUGUGAUUAAUAAUUCAUAUAAUUGUUCUAAUUCAUUUGAAUGCAAACGUGGCAUCAUCCUAAAUUAUCCUGUAGUUCAUUUGCGUUCUUUCCAUUUGCGUUCUCCGCUGCCUCACAGUACAAGACAUGGUCUGUUGUUGCAAAAAAAAGUUCCAAAAAGCGAGAAAGUUGAGGUUAAUGUCACACAUACUGUGAAUUUUAAAUUUGAACAGAUUGUUCCAGAUUAAAUAUUUAAUUUUUCCACUUGUUUGAACAGUAGUUUGAAUUUCAAAUAAAAAGUGACAUCUCUAGUUCCCAAUGAGAUCUGGGAUUAUUCAGACUAACAAGGGCACAGGUUCUGGAAAGAGAUGUAUCUGUUGAAUUAUUUAAAGCUGCCAUAAUCAGUAUUUUUUAUAGUAACAAUGGAUCAAAUGGGUACAUGUAAUGUGAAGGCAGUUGCUUGUAGUCAUGAACCUACAGAGAAUUAUCAACCAUCUCUGCAGUUCCCCAGCGCUACAGAGUAUUUUAGCAUCUUCUAAUUCCUUGUUUUAGUUUUACAGCCCCACAACUGAUUUGGUUCAGUAUCACCACUGCCAUCACAUCAUUUCCAUAUGCAGCAGGCAGCUUUUUUCAGUAAAACAAAAACACAAAAAGCCACUAUACAUGCUCAGCACCAACAAAGUUAGCUAGCUAGCUAACUAGCUGGUGAAAGUAGUGGAGCAUGUAGCAGCUAAAAAGAGUCUCAGUACAUAGUGGAAACCAAAACAGAACUAAAAGGAGAGUGAAUUAUGGAUUUACCUUCAUCAGGUGGUCAGAAACACUGCUAAUGCUAAUGUUGCUGCGUAACUGCUGGAUGUGUAAAUAAGCAACUUUUUGCUAACAUUCGUCAUAUCAAGUUAACGGUCAGUGUUGCUUACAGCUUGUUUCCACUGCGUCCAAGUGGACAAAAAAUCACUUAAAGUCAUUUUAAAUGUCAUUUUUAAUGCUGUGAGCACCACAAACAAAAUUCCAUUCACCCUCAUUUCAUCGGGGUGGAGAUAGAAAUCUCAAAGACAGAUAUUUCAAAACCUGGACACAUAAAACCAAAAUCAUCUGCAUGGCCGAAUACCACUGGAAGUAAAGAGAAGAUAUGAUCUGUUUGUAAUAUGGGUAACCGGACCCUUUAAUGAUUGAAACCUGGAUGGGUGAGUUGGUGACAGAAGGCCAGACUUUGAUCCGGUCUCUGGAACUCUAGAAACAACCUUCUUCCAUCAUGUCGUCCGGUGGUUUGCACCCCGACCCCCCGCCUGGCCUGGGUUGUGUGCUUUUCAGUCGCCUCAUCCAGUCUGGACAUCAUUAUAUACAGUUGGACUGAUUUUAAUCAAGCCAUAUUAAAACUAGAUGUCUUGUUAUUGGAACCAUGUCAUAGCAUUACUGCUGGGGUAAUGUAAAUAUUGUAUGUGUGACAAACUGUACCAUAAUGUAUGUAGAGCAGACUGAUUGAUCAAACUACCUAUGGAUGUGCAGUCAUAAACUGGAGCGACUGGAUGAUUUCAAUAAAGAAUAGCUGUGACAAUUUUAAACACAGUUGUAAUGAGUUUAA